UUUCCGGUGCCGGUGGCAGCAGAAGGAGUUGAAGCCCAAGUAGACGGAUUGCUAUAGCACAUUUCAACAGUCCGGCUUGCAGUAGGACAGCAGGAUCCCAGUGGAGAUUGAGACCAUGGCCAAUAGCGAGCGCACCUUCAUUGCCAUCAAGCCUGAUGGAGUCCAGCGCGGCCUUGUGGGAGAGAUCAUCAAGCGUUUUGAGCAGAAGGGAUUCCGCCUUGUUGCCAUGAAAUUCAUGCAGGCUUCUGAAGACCUUCUCAAGGAGCACUAUAUUGACCUGAAGGACCGUCCAUUCUUUGCUGGCCUGGUGAAGUACAUGCACUCAGGGCCAGUGGUUGCCAUGGUCUGGGAGGGGCUGAAUGUUGUGAAGACGGGUCGAGUGAUGCUUGGGGAGACCAACCCUGUGGACUCCAAGCCUGGGACCAUCCGUGGGGACUUCUGCAUCCAAGUUGGCAGGAACAUUAUCCAUGGCAGUGAUUCUGUGGAGAGUGCAGAGAAGGAGAUCGGCUUGUGGUUUCACCCUGAGGAACUGGUGAAUUACAAGAGCUGUGCUCAGAACUGGAUCUACGAGUGACAUGGAAGCAGACCACAGUGCUUGUCCCACCCCACUUCCCCUCCCUCUCAUGGGCAGGGGCCAGGUCAUAGCAAAUCUAGUUAUUUCUGAGAACUUGCUUUUCAUCCGGAGGGAAACUCUUGGAGCUGCGGAUGCUCCCUGUACAGUGUUAUGUGCUAUCAUCAGAUUAGAAUGUUUCAUCUCAAGGAAGGAGUCGUUGAGUAAGGUACUUUGUAUUGUUGUAUCGCUCUGUAUUCUUUUUUCUCUUUCACGUAUUCUGGCUAACCGAAGCUAAUAGAGAGUGUAAACACUGUAUAAAUUAUAUUGGCCUGAGAGAUCACACAUACACACACAUUCUUUGCCUGUCCCUCUCUUCCCCCUGCAUUCCAUCCACUCUUGGCACUGAGCCGGUCAACAGCUCUCUGUCAGGGAUCUGCUGGGUUGCCAAGACUGUCCUGUGCAUCGAAGAUUCCCUGGAAAUAAAAGAUACCCUUCCUGCCCUUGA